UCCCUACCACACAUACACAUCGGUUGUUUUGCGUUUAAUUCAGAAUUAAAAUGGAAUUUAGCAACACGGCUCUACGUCGGUUCAAUAUUCCAGAGAGUUUAGACUACCACAGUCUACUCCGACCACCAGGGGGGGACGAAUCUGACAGACUGGUUGCCAGUGAGGCUGAAGAUCCGGCAUUAUGGGCUCCUGGCGAUGCUGAAGCAGCUUUACGUGCAAUCUCUACUGUUACAUCGGGUACUCCUGAAGAUGUAUUGGAUAUGCUUUCACAGAAUACCUUUUGCCAUGGCUUUAACCUUUCGCGGCACUUUGCUAGUCUGGACAAGUCUUCACAGCUUUGUGUAGCACAGGCUUUUAGUAGUAUGACAUCGGCAACCCAGGAUAUACUUGAGAAGGUACCGCCAACUCCUUAUUCCAGUACUGCUGAAUCGAACAGCAAUGAAACGUACAUCAAUUUCGAGAGAAAGAUACGUCACUUGGGGUUUGGAUUAACGUAUCAAUCUGAAGAGAACGAAAAUUUAAAACCCAGCGAUAUUGGUCAGAUACUUCGGCCACUAUGUCACCUUUCUGUAUUUAUGGUAUGCACAACCUUCAGAUGUGCUCUGUCAUCGCAGAAGGAUAAUGAGAAGCCUGCAAGUGGGAUGGAAAUUUUGGUUUCUAAAAAGCCGAAGGUUGCGCGUGGCGGUAAACGAAAAAAGGCUGAGGAGGACAGUAAUAUCAACGUAUAUGCGUUGGAGAUAUUGGUAGACUCAAUGCUUAACAUAACUAAAUCGUCUUUGCUGAGACCAUUUUCAGUAGAUUAUGGUGGUUGUGGAAGAAUCGACUCUCCUCUAAUGCGACUCAUGUUAGACACAUUGUUAUUAGCUAUGGGAUCCACCAUUGUGGCUUCGGUCUACGGUAAAGUCACAGAGGCUACGUCUAGGGUGCUAGAGAUAUACUACUGUACAUUGCAAUUUCAUUCAAAUGUAUGUGUGGAAGCCGAUAGCCGCGAUCAUAGCCAAAUACCGGAUAACGACAAGCUUGAUGUAACUUCAGAAAGUUUGGAAAGCAAAAAUACCAAUAAAGACAGAUCCGAGGAAUCCAAUGACUGUUUAGAUUCAACCCAGGAAACCAAUGAUAUGGGAUCACUGGGCAACACAGUUUCAGAAUAUGGUGAUGAAAGUGCACUAGGGGGACAGGAUGAAGGUUCUCGCCAAGAUAUGGAAUGGAUAAUUACCUUGUCAGAGGAAGUAAAGAAAGGCCACAGUUCCAUGUUAGCGGAUGCCAUAUCUAUGUCACAAAAUCUCAAUAUGCAUUCCUUUUUGAUAAAAGAGAUCCUCACGUCUCUGCGAGAUGCAUUCUUAUUACAGAUUUCCGGUGGCGGGGUACAGUUAAUGAGUUCAUCGGUACAAAUGGAGUAUGCCAAUGUGGGUACUUUCUUGGAAAGUGCUACCAAACGGAUGCCAUGUGCCGUUGUUAGAAGCCUGGAUGAGCUACGGUACAUGUUUGAGGUACCAUCAUACAACCUCAGGAAAUCAAUUAUGGAGUCUGUAAAAUUGUUGAUUAUCAAAAGCAAGGACAACUCAGAAACGGCAUUGAAGACCAUAAAAGAAUCUUCGGCGGAGAAUGUUCAAAUAUCGAGGUACCGUGAGCGUAUGCUGCAAAUGCUUCUCCACAGGCAGCAUGAUUCUUACAUGUACGCCCGAGCUGCUCUACUUAAGGCAUUUAACGAUUUGAUCGAGAAUGAAGCACUCCCGAUGAGAUGGUUUGUAAAGGUUGCCGAUUUGGCAAUAUCUAGGAUCCUCGACCGAGGAUCCCAAGUUAGGCAGCGCGCUGUUAAUCUCAUGACCACUCUGGUAGCAGACACGACAAAAAACAGAUUUCGAUUAUCGCUAAACACUUCAACUGUGAAACAUGAUCUCACUAUGAUGAAGUCAUUACUCUCUAAGGUGAUAAAGAUCGGCUCACUUGAUACGGCUGUGGAUGGAAAUAAGGAUACAUGCGUCGCAAGUGAGGAUUCAUCUACAGGGAUAGAUGACUGCCCCGAUACAACUAAUCGUCUGGUGGAGUCAUCUCCAAGCACAGAUGAGACUGUCAUAAAAAGCGAAGUGACAACAGAACCGCAUACGGAUGGCUUAACGACGUGCGAACAGUUACUUGCAGAAGUAAAUGUUGAGCUGGGCGAGAACAUGACGUUGGACAACAAAGAUGCCAUAAGGAACCUUCGCACUAGGUUAGAGGUGGGUAUUGAGAUGUAUUCUGAUGUGCAAGAUAUAUCGGAGAAAGUGGACUCUUCCAUUAGGAUAUGUGCUGAUAUGCUACAUUCUUCAGUUGAGGGCGACCAAAGAGCUGCCAUACGGUAUAUCGCAUCAUGUCAUUUAAUGGGUAUCAUUGGGGCAACUAAUCUUUUACCUAGGGUAUGGGCUCUUUCUUGGUCCAACAACCAAAAUGUUGUGGAGACUGUUUUACAGGAGUUCAAAAAUGUCUACUUUGACGAAGCCGAUGAAAGCGGCAUUGCAUGGAAACUGAUAGAACUUUUGACUACUAGCAACCUCACUGCAUUUUCAUCUAUAGAAAAGAUAUUUGAGGUAAGCAUGGCCAGGGAUGAGCCAUUAUUUACUAACUUGGACAAGCUCAUGGUAGCGUUACUACGCAUAGCGGUGGCUCCAAACUACCAAUUAGGCCGCGAUAUUCACCCGCGUGUAGCUUUAGGCAUAGUUAGGCUGUUAAUUAAUUCCUCUAUGCGCAGCAAAUCACCUCAAGCACAAUCUAUACGUAAUUUUGAUGAGAAGAGGAUAAGUGCCUUAUUUGGGCUAUUGCAACUUUCAUCCAAGCAAUCAUACACCAUAUUUGGUGAAUUAUGCUUAAUAUUGACCGCAGCAUCCCAUUCUAGCCAUUUGGAAGAUUUAGUUGAACGCAUAAUUGAUUUGUUUACAGCUACCUUUGGUUCUUUGGAUGAUUCCUGGUUCCGGAUGGCGCAAUGCGUGGUAGAUGUUACUUUUACCCACGCUACGAACCCUGAAGUUUUGUGGUCUGAGACUCUGAAUCAUCUCAUUGAGAAAAUUAUCGGAGAUGAUUCCAAUAAUUCCCUUACAUGCCGACAACUGGCGCACGUUAUAUUCCUUGCGGGACACGUGGCCAUAAGAACAAUUAUUAGUAUAGACAGCUUGCAAUCAGAACUCAAGAAAGAGCGAUCGUCAAUGGAUACCGAUGAAGGGGACAAGUUUCAAGGUGAAGCUUCUGCGCAAAUGGGUAUGGCCACCACGGAAGAGCAGGAAAGGGAGCUUUUUGAACACCUUUGCGAGCGCAAUAUUGUAUGUGAGAAUCUAUUAGGUGGUCCUCUACGCAAUAUAAUUGUUAGUUGUUUAAGAAAUCCUAGCGAGUUCGUCAUACCGGGUAUUGACAAUGAUCCGCAAAUGGCAACGGAAUGCAAUGGUGAUGAGACCAGGACUGCAGGCGAUCGUAACAAUAUCAAGGGUUCUGGAAUAUCUAGAGAAAUCGAAAUAUUGAAGACCUGUGCGGCAUUAUCCUUGUGCAAGUAUGCAACUGUUUCCAAGCAAUUUUGCAACUCGAUAUUCCACCCCGAAGAUGGUACUCCGGGGCCAUCUUCCGUUCUUGAGGUUAUAAUAUCCCUUUUGAUGAACAACAAUCUGCAACAAGUAUGCGAUAAGUCACCCGCGAGAUCUGUUGACGUAAAUCACUAUUACCUACCAGAACCAGGUACUGGAAUCUUGCGUGCAACAUUGCUAAUGAGUUAUGGUGACUUGCUAUGCCGGCACCCAAACUUGUUGGAACCGUGGAAUGAUGAGGUUGGUGCCAUAUUGAGGGACAGUGAGAACUGCGUCAGAGAGGCCGCAGUAUUGGUUUUUACUCAUUUAGUCAUGAACGACAUGAUGAAACCCCGUGGUAAAUUGGUGGACUCUAUGAUGUAUCUUACGCUUGACACCGACCAAAAGGUCUCUCAUUGUGCAAAGACCUUUUUCCAUGAGGUUCAUCGGAAGAAUCCAAACACAAUUUAUAAUUGCUUUCCCGAGAUGGUGUCUACUCUAGCACUCAAUAAGCAUGGGCAGUCGAUAAACAGGAACCUUUCUGUUUUAAAAAUGUUGCUUAAAUUCAUAGUAAAGGAUAAGCAAGGUGAAAGCAUCGUUGAGAAGGUUUGUCAGCGGUUGCAUGGAGUAGAAAGCAACGAUCACUUUGCUUUGGUCAUCUUUGGACACGUUCUAAUGAACGUGUGCCAACAUGAAAAGUGUAUUUCUAAGCUGAUAGCAUCGUUGCCCUUGAUAUCUCGGCUUAUUGUUGAGAGUGAAUAUUUGUUGGCCGUAAUGCUGCUGAUAUGUAAAAAGACCCGAACGGCUAAUCAGGGCCGGCGAAUUGGGGACAGUGAUAAGGGUGAAUCUAAAGCUGAGGCUCCGGAUCAAACUACUAAUAGUCAGCAACCUGGCACCAACGCCUCUUGCGACACUACAAACAUAAAGGAACUUGGUGAUGAUUUAUUACGCCGCAUCCAUGCUCUUUUCGGUGAGGGUAAAUCAUCUUAUGUAAACCAAGUAUCCAGUACGGUCGAGUCUAUUAUUGCUGCAGCAGAAACAUGCGCCGCUGAAGAUGAGGGCACAGAACAUAUCAAGUCAAAUGGUGACAAAUUGACUGCGGUGUAAGAGCUUCAAACAUCGCUAAAUUUCCUCUCAUAAUGAAGUUAUACUCUAAUUUGUUAGAGG